UCCUCGUUAAAUCUCUUGUGAAGCUUCUUGGCUCAUUCACUGAUGGGCGGGACUCCACAUCCUCUCAUCACCGAUUCAACCUUACGCUUAUUCGCCGCAUCCCAGUCAGUCUCAACCAAGCCUCCCCUCCCUCAGCCUCAGGACGAAGCGUAAAACCUCAGCCGUGACGAGCGACGAGAGCGGGGUAAUAAUUAGCACCGCCUUCACAGUUGUCUGUGCAUUAAUAGAAGGGGGAAAAAAAUCGCAGGACUUGGACUUCGUGAACGCUGGGAACGAAGGAUUGAAGCUGGCUGAGAAGGAAUCGAAGUGCAGAGUCAAAUCGCGAGGACACAACCUUACCAGGAGAAGAUAGAAGAAGGAAAGGCAUGUGAAAACUGUGCGACUUGGUUCCUCGCAUCCCUGGGCCCUCUCUAAAGUCCAUCCGUGUCUACUCGGGAAGGCUUCGUCGAUAGCAAACAGCGAAAAAGAGAAGAUGCGAACGUGGACCAGGGCGGGCAGAAUGUUGGUGACGAUGGCCAUGGUCCUCAGCCUUUGCAGCCAUUCUCUUCUUCACGUCGCUGCAGCUGCUGACCUCGAUAUCUUGGAAGAUGUCCGCGACGCCUUGGACCACGCUGACCGUUCGCUGAAUGACCUGACUGAACUGGUGGAGGAGUUCACGACGGAGGGGCCACCCGAGACCACAACUACUAACCCUACAACUACUACUACCACACCAGCUACCACAACCUCACCAACUAAAUCUACCCCUAAACCCACCACCACCACCCCUGAACCCACCACCACCACUCCCCCUGAACCCCCCACCACCACCACCCCUGAACCCCCCGCCACCACCACCCCUGAACCCACCACCAUCACCACCCCUGAACCCACCACCAUCACCACCCCAGAACCCACCACCACUAUCCCAGUACCCACCACCACCCCAGUACCCACCACCACCACCCCUGAACCCACCACCACCACCACCACACCAUCCACCACCACCACCCUUGCCACAGAACCUACUAAUCCCACCACCACACCAUCCACCACCACCACCUUUGCCACAGAACCUACUAAUCCCACCAGCACAGCUUCAGGUCUGCAAGCCCUCGCCUUAGCCAAACACUCACCUGAUGCAAAGUAUUUAAAUAAGCAAAGGCUUCCCAGUGAGGGUGAUCCUGAUAUGCCUGACCCUUGGUGGAUGAGGGUCAAUAUGCAUCUCAUCAUCAUGGGGGACCUGAUAUCAGAGAUCAUUGAUGGCAGCAUUGACGAGAGCCAUGCCCAGCAGCUCGAGGAAGAAGCCAGUGUGAUGGAUGACCUAGUGGAGGAGGGCAGAAAUGACACCAGUCUUGUCAUGGAGGGAGAGGUGGACUUAAACCUGGUGGACUCAGUGCAUGAGGAUUUGUUCAAUGCUUCAAACUUGGUGGAAGAAAUGAUUUCCAAUGAAAAGGCUGACAACACGGAGAUGGUGGUGACCAUUGUGAUGCUGUCCUUGCUGUUUGUCGUAGUGUUGACUGGCCUGAUCAUAGCCUGUGUCCGGCCAUGGACCAAACGAUCAGGCCUGAGGAGCAGCCAAAGCAAAUGGGUGGCAGACAGUGUGGUGGCAGUGGAUGGAUCACGGAAGUUCCGCGACUCAAGAUUUAUGCAGCACUCGCAUGUCUACACGGACCCGUAUCAGAACCACGACACUAAAGUCUAGGGCUGUAUCAGCUUGUUCAUAUGGAGCUUGUGGUGGUCUCCUCCAGGUGGCUUCAAGAAUAGCCACUUGGAAAAACUUUGGUCAGCAACUUAUUUUAUUUGGAUUCUGUAGAAUACUAUCUAUAACUGCACAAAUGUAUCAAUCAAUCAAUCAGUGGGGGCACACCCCAGAGGGCACGUCACCUAAGUAGGGACAGACCUAUCUGUAUGAGGAGUGCAGUGCCAUCAACCUCCCCGAACUGUCUUUCUCCCUCUGCUUUCUGUUUGUGCUUCUCUCUAUGAGUAGCCUGGGGAUUUAAUCUCUCAGGGGUCCUGCAUCCCAUGCCCUAUGGUUAGCAGUCAGUUCAGUCCUUGAUUUUGGUUGGUUUGGGGGAAGGGUUUGCAUCCCCUCCCACACCAAACACCCCUCACUAGCCAAAAACAAAAGAAAAAGUAGAGGUUGGAGUCAUGUCAUAAGACGUCAAUGACAGGUGCAGGGCAAAGGCUGCGGAACCCCUGCAUCUAUGAGGAAGGGCCUCCUAACCCCCCCUUUUGUCUUGGUGGUGGCUGGGUAGAAGAAGCAGUACCUGCCUGCGUGUGGGGUUCCUAGAAUGUCUUAAAAUAGUACACUUGUAGUAUAACUGUAUAUAGCUUUUAUUUAUACCUAGAAACAUACUCUGCAAAAAAAUGCAAAGGUGCAAAAGUAAAAUUACUACCGACAUGUACAUGUAUAUAUGUAUGAGUAAAUGUAUGUGUAUAUAUGUAUAUAAUUAUGUACUUAUACAUAGGAUAUGUUAUACUUAGAAUACAUUAUACUUAGGAUGGGAAGGGGGCCUGCAUGGAGACUUUGGCUGGAGGAACCCCCGGGAUUGGGUGUUGCAGGGUGGGUGAGGUGACCCCUCCAACCCCUUGGUGUAAGCCCCCGUUGAUUGAUUGAAUGUCUCUUUCAAUGAGAAUCAGACUUCGAUGACUCUUGAGGAAAUGGGAAAGAGAUGAACGGUCCAAAGUAUGAUAGUAACUUUUAGCAAUUGAUGUCUGUGAAGAAUAAAACCUUAGAUGAAGAUAUAUUCAAGCUACAUGAAGAUAUAUUCAAGCUACAAGUGUAUGUGAUGCUGUCUAUUGAGCCCAGCUGUCUGAUUAGGUUGAAAAUUACACUUGCAUUAUUGUAUUAUAAUUGUACAUAAAGCUCUUAUUUUAGCUCAAUGUCUGGAAGUUCCUUGUAAGAUCUCUAUCCAACAAUGAGAAAGAAUUUAAAAGGCCAAUUGACAUCCUGAGAAAUGGACAAAUGCCCUGUAACUAAAUGAACAGUACAGGACUAUUAAACAUCCCUGUAUUUCAAACAGAAGGAAAGGCCACAAUUUAAUAAAACAAAUUGAAAGUGC